AUGAACCGUCUGUCGAUCUUAUUGGUUAUCGCAUUAAUCGGAUACUCACUGGGUGCACCGGGAUACGGUGGUGGAAGCCACGAGCAUGGUGGACACCAAGUACAUGAAGAACAUGGUGAACAUAGAGAAGAACAUGAUGAGAACAAAAAAGAACAUGGUGGACACAAGAGCGAAUUUGAUGAACACAAAGAAGAACAUGAAGGGCACAAAUAUGGUGGACACAAAGAAGAACAUGAUGUACACACAUAUGGUGGACAUGAUUUUGGUGGACACAAAGAUAAAUAUGAUGGACAAAAAGAAUAUGGUGUACACAAAGAAGAACAUGAUGUAAACAAAAAUGGUGAACACGACUUUGGUGGGCACAAAGAAGAACACGGUGGACACAAAGAUAAAUAUGAUGAACAUAAAGAAGAACAUGAAGGACAUAAAUAUGGUGGACAUGACUUUGGUGGACACAAAGAAGAACAUGGUGGACAUAAGGAAGAAUAUGGUGGACACAAAGAAGUACAUGAAGGACAUAAAUAUGGGGGACACGACUUUGGUGGACACAAAGAAGAACAUGGUGGACAUAAGGAAGAAUAUGUUGGACACAAAGAAGAACAUGAAGGUCAUAAAUAUGGUGGUCAUGACUUUGGUGGACACAAAAAAGAACAUGAAGGACACAAAUAUGGGGGACCCGACUUUGGCGGACACAAAGAAGAACAUGGUGGACAUAAGGAAGAAUAUGGUGGACACAAAGAAGUACAUGAAGGACAUAAAUAUGGGGGACACGACUUUGGCGGACACAAAGAAGAACAUAGUGGACAUAAGGAAGAACAUUUUGGACAUAAGGAAGAACAUGAAGGACAUAAAUAUGGUGGUCAUGACUUUGGUGAACACAAAAAAGAACAUGAAGGACAUAAAUAUGGUGGAUCUGACUUUGGCGGACACAAAGAAGAACAUAGUGGACAUAAGGAAGAACAUGAAGGACAUAAAUAUGGUGGGCAUGACUUUGGUGGACCCAAAGAAGAACAUGGUGGGCAUAAGGAAAAAUUUGGCGAACACAAAGAAGAACAUUGUGGUCACAAAGAAGAACAUGAAGGACACAAAGAACAUGAACACCAUGGUGGACAUAAAGAACAUGAAGAACAUGGUAGUCAUCACGGCGGUGGUCAUUACUAA